AUGCCGAUAAAACAAAUCACCACCGAACUCGGCCACUCGGUCCCGCCUGAGGCUCCUCACAACAUCACCUUCCACAUUCCGGGAUGGGAGACCGCCCGGAAUCUUCGCCGUGGCGAUCCUGAGCUGCUUGGAAAGUUGGUGUCUAUCUACCCGCGGUUUGGGCCGUGGGGUGAGGUUCGCAAGCUCACGGCCGCGCUGCAUCCGCUGUUAGAUCUACCUGAUACUCACGGUCUCAUCCUGUUUACCCACCCCGACACAUUCCCCUCAACAACCCUCUACUCCACCUCCCCCCACCGUCCCCCCGACCAUCUCAUCCCCCCCCGCGACCUGCUCUUCCGCAUCCUCGACAUCCCUCUUACCUUACCCCUGGCCACCGAACCCGCCGGCGACACCGCCUUCCAUGAUACCCUUGUCCGGCUCUACGCCGUCGCUUACCCGACUGCGCGAGGCCCCGGGGCCGUGGGGGUCUGGCAGACUUAUGGAACGGGGGUGAGUAGUCGGUUGGCGACGGGGUUGAUGCCGGGGGUCGAACAGGGGAGGGUGAGGGUUCAUGGGUGGAGGGGGACGGGGGAGGAUUUUUUGGAGGGUGGUGGAGGGUUUCCUGAUGGGUUGGGGGGUGGUGAAGAGGGGGGAGGACUGCCGGUUGGGGAGGGACAUGUAGCGCUGAGGAGGCGGAUUGCGGAACUUAAUGUUGGUGAGGACACCACUAAGGAAAACAAAGUCACCGAGGGCGAUGUAUGGCUCUACCCAACCGGCAUGGCAGCCAUCUACCGACUGCACCGCGCACUGAUAGCAGUACGGGGGCCCGGGAAGGUAGUCGUGCUGGGCUCGGUGUUUCACAACAGCUGGCAUUUGUUUCUGGAGAGUGAGGGCGGGAUGAAGCAUUUCGGGCGGUGUGAUAGGGACAGCGGGGUGAUUGAGGCUUUGGGGGAGUGGUUGGAAGGGGAAAGGUUGGCUGGGCGCGGGGUGGCGUAUGUGUUUGUGGAGUUUCCGAGUAAUCCGAUUUUGGUGAGCGUGGAUUUGAAGCGGUUGAGGGAGGUG